AUGUAAGACUAAAUUAAAUUAGAGGAGUAAUUCUAAAAGCAUAAAUUUAAGUAUUAGAAAACUAUUGAAGAAAAUUUAUCUUUAAAACAAGAAAUCUUACAUCUAAAAUAAUAAAUUGAAGAAAUCACUUAAAAAAUGUCUGAGAAAAUAAAUUUUAUUAAACAAACAGAAUAAUCAUUAUCUAAAUAAGCAUAAGAUCAAUAUGAAAAUACAAUUAAUAGAUAAUUAGGAAUAAUAGAAAAAUUAAUUGUAGAUAAGAAAGAGCUAUAAUAAGAACAACUCAUCUUAACCAAUGAGAUCAAAUCUAUAAAAUAAAUAAAUCUUUAAGAAAUAGAAAAAUUAUAAAUUCAAUUUUAGUAAGAGAAAUAAUAAAUUUUGUAAAAAGAAAAAGCUUCAAGAAUGUAAUGGGAAAAAAACAAAACAUAGGAAAUACGUUAAUUAACUGUUCUUGGACUUGAACCUGAAAUAUAGAAAAUAAUAAAGAAAUAUUAAGAAGAAAUAGCCUAAUUAAGAUUGUAAUUAGAAUAAUGA